UCGUGAUAGGAGGCCUAGACGCUGUAUUCUGCAAGUACGGUUUGGUUUGCCACGCAGUUCAUCGGCUUGGAGGUUUUGUGCAGAUACCUAGAUUGAUCUUGAGCAUGUGUGAUCUGAACCGUUUUCAACACGCAUACAACUCUCCACACACGGCUACCUCUCUGAGCUGGUUCUGGGGAAAAGGAUGGCAUCAAUUAUUUAGGCGGAACUUCUUGAUGUGUGGUGGCUUGCCUGCGAGUGCUAUGGCCAAAAAGCUUGGCGGUGGAUCCAAGAUCCAGAGGAUUUGCGGGCUUUUUGGUUGCUUCUUUGUCAGUGGCCUGCUGCAUGAAUUUAUUGCACAUAUCAUGGCACGCAAGCCACAUCCUUUCACCCAUGUCUACUUCAAAGAAUUCCCAGCUGCAUUUGCAUACUUUCUUGUGCAACCAAUUGGGAUCCUUCUAGAACCAUACAUCAUUCCUCAUAUACCUGGUAAAGUGGGGGGAGGAUGGCUUUGGGUUUUGGUAUUCACUCUUCUAACUGCUACACCUUUUUCAAAGCAAUAUGCCUACAAUUUUAGGUUUGUUGAUCAUGGAUACAAACCUGUGAAUGAAUGGAACGUCUGGACUGUCUUGCUGGGUGAUUUCCUGAAGCGGUGAAGAUUGCCCAUAUUUGACCUGAGAUUUAUGUUAGAGAAAACUAUAUAGCCAAUUUUGUUUUCACUAUAGAUGUCACAAUAUAAACUGGAAAGUCUCCCACAUUUUGGAAUUUCAUCUGUACAUAAAAGUGUAAAGAUUGUGCUCAAAAUAGAAUUCCAACUUCCAACUUCU